AUGGCAGAACAAGACAUACAUACCAAAGAUGGAACAACCGAUUUCCGUAACAAUCCAGCCAUCAAGAAUGAAACGGGAAACUGGAAAGCAUGUCCUUACAUUCUUGGUAAUGAAUGUUGUGAAAGAUUGGCAUACUAUGGGAUUAACACAAAUAUGGUUAACUAUCUCAAAUCUCAGUUGAACCAGAGUAAUGUUGUGGCAAUCAAUAAUGUCACAAAUUGGUCAGGAACAUGCUAUGUUACACCAUUGAUUGGUGCCUUUCUAGCUGAUGCCUACUUGGGAAGAUACUGGACUAUUGCCAGUUUCUCUAUCAUCUACGUCUUUGGGAUGACAUUGUUGACAUUAUCAGCAUCUGUCCAUGGACUAAAGCCAACCUGUGAUGAAAAAAAUGUCUGCCAACCAUCAGGAUUGCAAACUGGAUUUUUCUUUUUAGGGCUUUACCUGAUAGCUCUUGGCACUGGAGGCAUUAAGCCCUGUGUGUCAUCAUUCGGAGCAGAUCAAUUUGAUGACUCAGAUGAGACUGAGAAGAAAAGCAAGAGCUCUUUCUUCAACUGGUUCUAUUUCUCAAUCAACAUUGGUGCACUUGUUGCUUCUUCUGUGCUGGUCUGGAUACAAACCAAUGUGGGUUGGGGUUGGGGUUUUGGUAUACCGGCAGUGGCAAUGGCGGUUGCAGUGGUGAGUUUUUUUUCCGGUACGCGAUUGUAUCGGAAUCUGAGGCCUGGAGGGAGUCCCCUGACUCGAAUCUGCCAGGUGGUAGUUGCAUCAUUCAGAAAAUUUGAAGUGGAAGUGCCUAAAGAGAAGUCUCUUCUGUAUGAAACUGCUGAGGAGGAGUCUGUAGUCAAAGGAAGCCGAAAACUAGAUCACACAAAACAGUUGAGGUAA